AGCUAUGAUUUCGUUUUGGCCAAGCAAUGAGUUUGUGGACUGUGGAGUCUUCCCAGGUCAAUGAUGAGAAGUUGGACUCGAUUGUGCCUCACAUGAUACCUGGGCAUUCAUUCAGUCACCUGCAGGGCAGUAGCCAUUCCCCACCCCCACGAUAGGCAACUCUGGUCAUGGAUUUUGUCAAACGGCGAAGGAUAGCUUCCUAUACUUGCAAAGAGGAGGAUCAUCAGGAAGAGGAAGAGGAAGAGGAAGAGGAGGGCUUGGACGCGAAGAGAAGGGAUUGGUCGUCCCUGACGGAGCCCCUGCUGCGGUCGGUGCUGCGGCGCCUCGACAGCCUCGAGGAUUUCUUCGCCUUCCGGGGCGUCUGCCGCAGCUGGCGAGAGCUCGCCGCCCCGACCCCGGACGCCCUCUCCGCCCAGCUCCCGCUCAUCCUCUUGACCCGCUUCCCUGCAUACACCGAGGCCUUCUACGACCUCGACCGCCGCCGCCUCUACCGUGCCCAGCUCCCAUGGCGCGUCCACUCUCGCCGAUCCGUCGCCUACGCCCACGGCCACCUCAUCACCGCCACCGAUCCCCCCAACUCCAAGCUUCUACUCUGGAACAUCUUCUCGGAGUCUCGCAUCCGCCUUCCCAAGGUUCCCGAGCCCUUCCGCCGCGUCCGCCUCUCCUCGCACCCGUCCGACCCCGCCCUCGACUGCAUCGUUGUCCUCUUCGCCAAGAGGAGCACCGUGCUGCAGUAUUGCCGCGUCGGGGACUCCCUCUGGACCAUCCGCGACUGGAGUAUGCUGAGGAUGGUUGACGACAUGAUCUUCUUCCGAGAUAACAGGCUCUACGCUCUGACCGCCACGAUGCAGCUCGUCGUCGUGGACCUCGCCGCCGAUCCAAAACUCUGGCUACUGGGCGACGGUGGCCGUAGAGCAGCGGAAGGGCAUCGGGAACGUUGGCUUGCCGAGUCAGGUGGGGAGUUGAUGGUUCUCUGCCACAGGUUCAGGGGUGGGUUCGAUGUUUGCCGCUGGGACUCGGGAAGUUGUAGCUGGGUAGAGGUGCUUGACUUGGGCGGAAGGACAGUAUUCCUUGGGUCAAUGGGGUUUGCCGGGUCGAUUGCCGCCGCUGGAUCGGGGAUAAGAGGGAACUGCAUUUAUUAUGUAAGCUACCGGAAAGAUGCGUGGUAUGUGUUCUCGUUGGAAGAGCAAUCCGUCGAGGUUGUCUACCCUGAUUCACCUGGUUUGCUCAGGGGCCAGUCUCCACUGGACCCUGUAUGGCCUUCUAAGAAUCUUGGCCCAACGUCACAAGUUUACGGGCAGUAAUCCAGCCUUGUAGUGGAACUCAAUUAUAUUCCAGUUCCACUUCAGUGGUUCCCAGUGAUCAUAUAUGCCAACCAAGGAUCUUCGAUUGGAUGCACUGCAAGAUGCAACUCAGCAUCAGGUUCUCCCAGUUUUCUGAAAAGAAAGAUGUGUUCAGUGGAGAUGGCGAAGAACAUUGAAAUGUGAUCUUCGAGGGUGUGAUGCAGAAGGAAACACAACUAUUACGUGACAUUCUCCAUGGCAUUGUCACCAUUGUCACAUUGGACAACAGGGCUGCUUUCUUUCUCAAUCCUUCUCCACCCAGGAAGAUGAAUUCCUCCGAUGAUAAGAGUAAGAAGUUGUAUAGGCAGAGACAAAAGAAGAAGAAAAGGAACUUGCAAAAGAAGCCGAGAGGAUUGAUGACACUCUCCCGUCUGUUUGCUGCAGAUGCUUCCAUGGUGAAUGAUCAGUGCUAGACUCGAGCAAUAUGACUACUACUCACAGGAAGAACAAGAAACCAACACCACCUCGAACAGGAAGCAACUCUCCCUCAUUAAUGCAUUACCAUUUUCACAAGAAUGAGCCUGUGUGUUUGGAUAUUAAGUGGCUGAUAAUUAUCAUUUGUUGUCGUGCGUCUAUGUUCAUUUUGUCUCCCAUUGAACAAGCAAUAUCCUCAUGCACAUCACUUUGCUCAAGUCCCAACAAUUGGCCGAGGAAAAUCUUAUAUCUAUCUCAAGUUUC